AUGUCGAACCAAAUGCUUUACGGUCAUUUAACAGCAAACAUGGCGAUAAGUGAGUUAAACCAUUUUUUUGAUACGAAUGUCACAGCCGGCAGUCAAUUAGGUGAUAUGGCCGCAAAGGUUGCUAUACAGAACUUUGAUUUACGUCACGCUACAAUGUUGUUUUUUAACUCGACUUUAUGCUACGGUGUAGAAGUAUUUCUGCAGUUCUACCACUAUAAUAUUGUGAUAAACAGGGCCAAAGUACUGGCUCGCAAAACUACUCGCCAGUUUGUGUUAUUUGCAAGUGACACUGCUGAUAUAGAACUAUUGUUGGAUAGCAUUAUAACUUCCGAAAUGGACAACACUGGUAAAUUUAUUUUAAUUUGCGAAUCAUCAACGCCAAAAGAAUGUGAUGAACAAGAUAUAAUGGUCCUGUGUUGGAAUUACAGAAUAGUUAAUAUGGUAUUUAUCAGGCAAGAAGAAACAGAAGCUGUUGGCUUCACGUACUAUCCAGUUGCGGACGGCAUAUGUAAUAAUUUGAAACCAAUAAAACUCGACUCUCACAAUCAAUAUACCAAGACGACUUACGGAGAAAUAUUCAGAAAAAAGUUUAGGAACUUAAACUUUUGCCCAAUAAUAGCAUCGACAUUUAUACAGCCCCCUUAUAUGUACAUCAACAAUGGAAUUCCUACGGGCAUUGAUGGAGAUCUUCUCCGUAUGUUGAUUCACGGCAUGAAUGCGAGUCUCAAGAUGAUGACGCCGAGCCGGGGGACUGGCUGGGGCUUUCGAGAAAAGAACGGGACGUGGAUGGGAUCCCUAGCAGAUGUUUACGAUGACUUAGCAAACUUCUCCAUGACUUCGGCAGCCAUUACGUUGACGAGGUUCACCGACUUCCAGAUAUCAUCGGGUUAUUCUACCUCGAAAGUAGUGUGGGUGUCCGAAUCCGCGCAAGUACAAAAUGUGGCCUUAAAAUUGCUUCACCCAUUUGAGAAAAAUACUCGUUUCUUGUUAAUUGCUAGUUUUUUACUCGUCAUAUGUUGUGCGUUUGUUAUGAAGUCUAGUUGUUGGACAGCGAUGUGUAAUGAAGAAAAUCAAAGUUCUAGGAGCGUGGUUUUCUACUCCUGGAUGAUAUGUAUGGGUCAGGCAGUCGAAAAAUUACCAACUAAGUCUGCGUAUGUACAAAUGACGCUAUUCUUUAUAUGGUAUUGUUUCCUUGUUAGGACAGCGUAUCAAGUUUAUCUUAUAAGUUCUUUGAAAGGAAGAUUUUAUGAUAGUCAAUUUGAUUCACUUGACGAUGCAAUUAAUGCACAAUAUCCAUUUGGUGGUGGGCCGGCGCUCAAGGAUUAUUACGUUGACUAUCCGUUUGUUUAUAAGAACUGGGUCAAUAUAGACACGCAGCAAAUCGCACCCACUGCCGUGAACAUAUCCAAAGGGAUGAAUUUCGUUUUGGCAAUGAAUAUUGACGCGGCUCGUGUAGUUAUUAAGACGCGGAAGGCCAGACUACAUAUAUUGCCCGAACCAAUAAUCAUUAGUCCAACCGUUGUAUUUUUUAAGAAAUAUUCCCCCCUUUCGGAGACAGUCAAUACAAUUUUGCAUCGUCUAAUCGCUGCUGGAUUUCCGGACAAAUUGUAUAAAAUAUAUUCCAGUACAUUUGAUGUCGUGGACCAAGGCAGCGACGAAGGAGAAACUUUGAAAAUGAGUCAUUUUACAGCUUGUUACGUUGUAUUGAUAUUGGGCUGGAUUGUAUCUGCAAUUUUCUUUUCACUGGAAGUUUAUUUUGGAAAAAUAUACAAACAUCCUUCUUAGAAAA